AUGUCUGGCCUAAGGUUAUUUUAUGUAUGCAUUUUCAUAGUGCUCUCUACAUUUAUUCAUACCGUAAAAUCAUUCGAAGAUAAUGAUGAUUUUUGGGGACUUUCCUUUGUUGACAAAAAUGGCGAUAAUAACGCGGAAAAUAAACAAGUAGAAGAGGGUUCUCAUCAAAAUAUGCAACACACUGAUGAUGCUGCCAAUACAGAACAUGAGCAACAAAAUGUAGUAAAUGGUUCUGAGCAUCAUGCAGAUAAUACUGAAGAAUUAAAAAAACAUGAAGAACAUGGUGAAGGUCAAUCUGAGCAUAAUUUUCAACAAAUAAAUAACGAAAUCGAGAAUAGUAAUAGUAACAAUAAUAAUAAUAAUAAUAACAAUGACAAUACUCCAGAACAUAAUCCUUUGAACCAAGUCAAUAAUUCAGAUAUGCAAGAAUCAAAUAAUAAUGACAUGAGUCAUCAAAAUGCUACAACCGAGAAUGAACACAACACUGAACAAAUAUCAACUGAACAAAUACCAACUGAACAAGCAUCAACUGAGCAAGUACCAGCUGGACAAGCACCAACCGAGCAAGUACCAGCUGGACAAGCACCAACCGAGCAAGUACCAGCUGGACAAGCACCAACCGAGCAAGUACCAACCGAGCAAGCACCAACCGAGCAAGUACCAACUGAACAAGUACCAACUGAACAAGUACCAACCGAGAAAGUACCAACUGAACAAGCACCAGCUGAACAAGGACAUAGUGGUGAAGAUGAAGGUGAACACAGUGCAGAAGGAGACGAAAUCAACAAAAACAAUAAUAGCAAGGUUAGCAGCGAUACAUCUUCGGACAGCAGUUUUAGUUUAGAUAGUAAUCAAUUUAGCGAUACCACAAGUUCAAGUUCAUCUGGUUCAGGAUAUUCGAAUUUAAGAAAACCUGUUUUUGGAAAUCCUGUAGAUGCUCAUAAAGAAUUUUUACAUAAUGGCGCUCCACAAGGCUCCUCAAACAUGCUAUUAUAUAAUUAUGGAGCAAAUACUAAAAAAAAUGGUAGUGAAGUUUUGACUGAUAUUGGGAAUAAAGGAUUGGACAGUAUUUCCGAUCCUCAUAAAUAUAAUUUAUUAAAAAGAAAAAGUAUAUAUUUAACAUUAUUAGAAAGAGCAAUAUUCGAAAUAAUGGAUUCUUCUAAAAAAGGAUUAAGUGAAAUUAAUGGUAUGCGAAAUAAUGCAACUGUUUCUAAAAUAUAUAUGGAGGCUUUAAAAAGAUUAAAAAUGAAUCACCAUUCCCUUGGAAAAGGAUUAGAGUUUAUCACACUUGAACAAAGUGAUAAAAUAUUAUCAGAAAUGUUUAAAAUAUUAACUGAAUUGUCUUAUGAUAAUUUUCCAGAAUUUUAUCGAUCUAUGAAUAUUAAUAAAUCAGCAUUAAGUGAAUCGUUUAAAGAAAUAAGAAUAAAAAUAUUUAAAAAAAUUGGUGUUUCAUAUGCAAAAUUACCACCAAUUAUUAAAGGGACAAGUGGAAAUAAAUGCCCAAUUAAUGAUUUAAUUAUAAGUAUAACACCAAAAGAAUUAUCACAACGACUUUCUAUUAUGUUUAGUAGUUGGCUAGCUUUUGAUGAAUAUGGUGCUUUAGAAGAUUUUGAAAAUAAUGUCGAACUAAAUGUUUUAUGUUCAGGUGCAUCCAUAUUAAUGCAACAAUGGAAAUAUUAUCAAAAUAUUUUAGGGUUUGAAGAUAAUAAUGAUCAUGCAUUUUUAAGUUUAAUCGAUGAAUUAUUAACAAUAGACAAAAAAUAUAGUAAAAAUGAAGAACAUAGUAAAACUUUAGAAAAAAUCAAAAAAUCAAAAGUAUUUAAUUAUUGUACUAAACUUAUGAGAACAAGUGGUAACAUUUCGACAAUACCAUUUAAUCAUGAAAACAAUAAAACUCCAAGUUCAUCUAUUAUUGGUUCAUUAGGAAAUUUAGUUAAGGCACAUAUAAGCGGAUAUUAUGCAGCAACUGCUCAAAGAAUAAACUCUUAUUUUAAUUAUUCGGACAAGAAAAAUAAAAAGAAAACACUACCUAAAGUAAUUUCAAUCUGUACUCUCUUAAAUUUAACAGAUAUACUAUUUAAUUGCACAGAUCCACAUUCAACUUAUACCCCAAAUUUGAACCUUUUGAAGCUAAAUGUAUUAAAUACUAAAGGAAAAGCAAUUCUAGAUCAUCUUAAUAACCUAAACUAUUUAUUAGAUAGCGAAAACGAAGCUAUUAAAGAAAUUUGUAAUUCUAAAAAUGACGUAGUUGAUAAAACAUUGCAAAAAUUACUAAUUUUAAUUUCGUCACACUCACAUGAAGUAUUAGCAAACGAAGUAGAAAAGAAAGGUCUUGGCCCUGAUUAUAUUAACAGCGAAAUAAAAAAUAUAGAUGACUCUGAUCACGAUAGUAAUGACGAAGGAGAAGACGAUGUUGAAAAAGCCAUUUUUGAUGAUUUAUGA